UGUGUGCACCAGCUAUUUGGAGUGCAAAACUUCUAUCCAAGAGCUGAAACUUGAAAGAGGCAGCAGAGCACAGGCCACCGAGGAGGGCUAGCAGACAAGAAAGCCAGCAACUUGCAAGGGCAGGAGUGGGCAGAGUCCAGCCUGAAAGUGGGCACGGGCAGGGAGAAGAGGCAGUUGGAAAUUGGGAGACGACAGGAGGGAGACUGGGCUUCAAGCAGGUGCCCUGAAGUGCCACCCAGUGUAGGAAGGAAACAGACCAGGAUGAAAGCAGAGCAGAGUAGAAGUGGCAGCCAGGACUGGAAGCUGGGUGGGCAGAAGAGGAAGGAGCAGAUGGGAUUCUGGACCAGCAUGGGGUCCCUGUGGACUGGGGGCUCAACAGGUUGGCCAGCUGGCCAGUUCUGUCUUUCCAUCUCCCUCUUUGUGGUGGAGGUGGUUGCCAGUCGGGCCACCGGGUCUCUCCUCUUGCUUUCCUGCUCCUUCCAUACCCUGGCUGGUGCCUUGGCCUUAGGAGUGGCCUUGGCAGAUGUCUGGCUGGCCACCGAAGACCGACCCAGUGAGAGGAACACCUUUGGGUGGGCGCGGGCAAGGGUGGCAGGCACCCUGGUCAGUACUGUGUUCUUGAGUGCCCUGAGCUUGACCGUUUUGCCUGAGGCAUUCCGCAGGGUAGCUGACCCUCAAGUCACCGAGCACACACUGGUGCUGAUGGGCAUCGGGGCUGUGGGGAUCCCCAUUCACCUAGCCAGGACAGGGUUGCAUGAAAAACAGCACGUGGCCCCUGGCCCAAGACCCUGCUGUAGUGGAAAAGCCACACGGACUGACAGCUCUGCCCAGGAGACAGAAGAUCUCCUGGGGAAUGAAUCCUCACCCAAGAGCUUGUUCUGGCUAGAGGAACCCUCAGACUCCAACCUCGCGUCACCUACGGACAAGUCUGGACCGUGGCAAGCCCUUUGCUUUGGCUGGAUGGUGCCCUGUUUGGGACCUGCCGCUGUCCUUUUGUAUUCACUCACUCUUCACAUCCUGUGGAGUCCGUGUCUGCGUCACACAUCCUGCUUCUGGCACUGCACCGGACGCCCAUGUUGGGCCUGGCCCGUCUCUGAGCCAUUGCCACACACACCAGUCCCUUGCUGGCUGCUCUACCUGGACCCUGGGCUUGCUGUGGUGGUAGCUGUAGCCCUGAUGCUCUUGCUGUGGCCAGCCUUCCGUGGCUCCGCCCUGGUGCUCCUGCAGGCCGUUCCAGAGGACCUGGAUUUACAGCUGCUGGAGUUGCGGCUGCAUGCCACGGAAGGCGUGGCAGCUGUGCGGGAGCUCCACGUUUGGCAGCUGGACGGCCUGGGCAGUUUGGUGGCCAUGGUGGAGGUCUCCUGCUUCAACACUGCCACCUUUGAGGCUGUGAUGGAGCGAGUCCGGCAGGUCUUCUGUGAGCACGGCAUCCACAUGGCCACAGUGCAGCCUGAGCUCGGCACUUGCCAGGGCAGGGAAUGCCACAGAGGGGGCAGCCCAGCCCCACACAACGGAUACCUGGCCCCCAGCCCCAAGCUCAUGAUGGAGUAUGAGACCACAGUCUGAGUGGGAUCAGCAGGAAUGUGAUGUGGACCAUUCUACAAUGCCACCGUCACCUGCCUUUUAGAUGGGGUUGCCAACUUCAAGCUGGAGCCUGGAGUUUGUCUAGAAGCACAACUGAUCUCUGUCCUACAGUGAUCCGGACAGUGAUUUGGACCAGAGAGAAAUGGCAGCUUCUGAUACCACAGAGUCCAGGAGAAACGGAAGUCCUGGUGAGAUGGCACAUUCCUGCUGAGCCGCCCCAGCAUUACCCCCAAAUCUCCUCAGAUUUCGCCAAGCUGGAGUUGGCACCCCGACUUCUUGCAUCCCUGCCUCCAAAGAUCUGCCACGGAGGCCCCACUUCCCAGCUGGACGCUGCCGUGGGCCACAAGAGAGUUGCCAGAAGAGGAGACCCGUCCACCCUACAGUGAGCUGAGUGACCUUUAUGGCUGGGAAGAAUAGCCCACAGGUAUCUAGUGAAAGGUGCAUACGCCCACAAUAUACUUAAUUCUGUAUGGAUGCUACAAUUCUGUGUGAGGACAAAAAGCAGAGAUUCAAGUCUCGGCCAUGAAGUUUAUAACUGAAACUGAAAAUGGACUUCAGAGUGCAUAACACCCGAGGAAGCCUUCAGAAUCUCAGGAAAUCUUAGAAGCCUGAGGUCAGGAAGGAGCCUGAAUAACAUCUUGUCUUUCCUCAAGAUCAGCACUGGAAUAAAUGCUACAGGAGACGUAUAAACAGACCACUAAGACUUCAAUCUCCCAAUUAUUGCACCCCUCUCCCGCCCCACCCAAUAAUUGGUAUUUAGAAGUACACAGGCUCUGAACAUUUAGCUACUGAUUGUUCUCUCCUUCACAAAUUAGCUUUUAAAGCCAUCAUGUGGUCAUGAGUUCCGUAAGUUAAUUGUGUGCUAUGUGAAGAAGUAUCCCCUUUUUCCUGUCACUAGCUUCACUGGGUGACCUGUUACCACAGCACAGAGACAAUGAUCUUUAUCCACUUAUUCCACACUGUGCAUUUUUAAAGAGACCGAUAAAAGUGUAAUAUAUAUGUGC